UCCACCAGCUUUGACCGAUCCAUUUUGCCCAUUUGAUUUCAUUUCUUAUCAGUAUUCAUUUUGUAAUAAACAUGUUCAAAAUAGUGUGCUCGUCAUCUGGAUCGGGGCGAAAGUAAUGUAUUCAGAACAGAUUUGUCCGUCGAGGCAAGAGAUAGUUUCCCUGGAUGAUCUCAUGGAAGAGAGUCCCACAACAUUACAGCGCGUUGCAGACUUCUCGAUGCCUCAAAGGAUGACGAAGUUAGGCUGCCACAGCCUGUCCACCAUGGCAGUUGACUUCGUGAGUUAUUUAACGCGUAGGAAGUGGGGACACCUCCCGGAGAGCCGCGAGCAAGCAAUAUACAAAAUUCUAAGGACACCAAUGCGGAAAAAAAUGUUCCUUUUUUCCAAACGAAUUAGCUGCAAAACUUAUUCGAAAAAAAGAACAAUCCAACUUCGAAGUCUAUUUUUAUGGUUCGAGAACAGGUUGCUAAUCCGCAAAAAUAGUGAUCGUGAUCGAAAUCUUAAUGCUAAGCUUUUUAACGAUAACUGUGACUACUUUGGCAAACAACACGUACUUCUCAACACUUCUAAAAAAAUUAUAAAUUCUGGCAAACCGCUCUCGUCAUCUUGUGUUAAGAGCUUUGAUGGAAAAUUGACUAAAGUGCAGUUCACCUUAUCGACGAACAUACACGAUCGGUAGCAUGGCCUAUGGUCUCAACCACCUUUAUGCUUUUCUGCUGCAUAGUUAAUCGUCAUCGACAACUAGUUCGUGCCCUACAGUCCGUUAGCAAGUCAAACGUUGUUUUGUUCUCGGGGCGAACUUGAUGCCUGCCAGUGUAAAGAAGCUUUUUUGAAGAACAACGAGAGUGGUUUAUUUUAAACCUACUGCAAGAAACCAUAAGUUAAAAGGUUUUUCUGAAAUACAAAACCCUGUUAUUACGGAGAAUACUGAUUCAAAUG